UUUUAUAUUUUUAGUUUAUUUUGAAGAUUCCUCCAAUUUGUGUACUAACUGAAUUUUUGUAAACGGACAUUACCUAAAUAUGUGAUAAAAAUGACAUAUUAAUAAUUAGGUCAUGCCCUAAAUGCCUUAAAUGUCACAUGGUCUGACGUCAUAUCCAAAACAAAAAUAUUGGGGCACUGACUUUGAUAGUUUCAGAUUGCGUCGAAGGAUAAGUGACCACCAUGGAGAAUUCGGAGUCACGAAGCGAUGACGAACAUGUCCAAAGAACAGAAAACAUGUUCAAAAGAAUUCUUAGCCCGAUCGAACCUUUGGUGAUGCGCAUUCAGAGUCUGCUUGUGUGGGAAUAUCCGAGGAAAAGCGCAGUGCUAUUUAUUUGUGUUCAUGGACUAUUUUGGUUUUUCGCAGUGAAAGGAUGCCAGUUUUACUCCAUCGCCAGUACCAUCCUCUUCAUUGUGUACUUGGUUCUGACGUGGAAAUUAAAAAUCUGGCCAAAAAUUUAUCGGUUUUUGGCAGCAGUGGGAUGUCGGUUUUAUUUUGUGGUCAGUACUGUCACCUACAUUAUAUAUCUGGUACAGACAUGGAAACACAAGAUAUGGCCAGAAAUCAGGGUGCCACCAGCUGUACCAGAGGACCCUGACAGCUGGACACCAGUACAUCCCCGACUACUCAGUGUGCCAGAACUGUGUCAAUACAUAGCCCAUGUAUGGUGCUCCUGUUCUAACAUUCUACAUUAUUGGUUGACUUUUAGAAGAGUUUAUCCUUUUUUGUUUUGUGUUAUGAGCUGUACAUUUUUCUUUAUCCUGGCUAUGAUUGGACAUUAUAUACCAGGACUAAUGUUAGCCUAUAUUAUAGUUAUCAGUACGUUGCUGGGUCCCAGUGUUCUUUACCAUAAUCUUCUCAAGAGAGUCUACCUCAAGUUUGAACCAAUAUUUAUGAAAAUGGAAUAUUCUAUCAAGCUGAAGAAUAAAUGGUCUUUUAAAGUUCCCCGGUCAUCUACGUCAGUUGUUAGUGCUGCUGGCCAGGUGGAAAUAUCUGAUACAGACAGUGAGACAGAUUUCACACCAUCCCUUGACCCUGUGACUACAGCAGCGCUGGCCCGCGCCAUCACAGAUAGUGAGGAUGAGAGUCUGGACCCUUCGCUGUCCACACCCCUGCUGUCAAAGGAACCUUCCAUCGACUUGGAGGAUGAGGAUGACCAGGAGCGACAGGUUGAUUUUGAUGUUAAUUUUGAGGAAGGGAUCCCAGAGAUGCCAUCAUUUGAAGAUGUUUUAGAUAACACAGAUGAUGAACUUCUCGAGCUACAUAUUCCAAAGAAACGUUCAAAGCACAGACGACAGAAACUAGAGGAUAUGAACUUUGUACCUGAACAUUUUGGUGACACAUCGGACUCUGAGGAAGAGGAAACUGACUUGAAUUUUCCAUCUCUUAUGGCAGAAAGCCUGUUGGACUCUGAAUCGAACUCAGGAGGUGAUAUGUUGUCCGGCGCAACUGGUGCCUUCAUGUCCAAAACUCUGUCAUCUGUUAUUGGGUCAGCUCUUUCUGGCAUGUCUAACUUGAAACCGAAUACAGCCUCCACUUCCAGGGGAGAUAGCUCGAAUGUUCCAUCAAGUGUUUCCUACAAACAGCGAUCCGGUGACGAGGUCGACUUCCAUGUAUCACCGAACAACGACAAACCGACAGGACCAGACCACCAACAAGUGGCAGAUGAUUCUAGUGACAUUGACAUCGGGGAGGAAUUUGAAUUUUUGGACCAGUAUGACUUGGAAGAUGAUGAAAAAUAGUUGAAAAUAAUCUGGAAUGAAUAAUCUACAUUUUUUUAAAGUUAUAUUAAAUUUGGUUUUCUGCAGCUAAUGUUUAUAAAAAUGUCAUUUGGUGAUAUCUGUAUAAAACUGAAUUUAAGGUUUUGAUUUAAGAAUGUUAUUGUAAUGGAAUGUUGCACUUAAUUUGUUACCAGGUAAUAGUUUUUCACAAAUUAUUCAAUUCAUUUCUUUUUGAAGUUUUAUGAUGAAUUAAUGGGGAAAAAAUAUGGCCACACAAAAUAAUUAUGACAAAAGUGAAAUUACUCAGUUUUAGGACAAUGUUCUUAUUUUACCAGUUGUUAAAUUCUGGGAACCAUACCAGAUGUAACAUGUAUUUUGGACGAAUGUUUUGUCCAAAGACCAUAAGACUGUAGUACUACAUUAGUUAUUUAUUGGUACAACUUUCAUGGUCUGACUAACAAUACAUGUACAUGUACUGGGUAUGUGAAGGAAGAAAUCACUGGGGAAAACAGACUUAUUUUCAUACUUGAAUGCGGUUGUAGGGAUUCUUUGAAGUUUUCUGCUGAAACAUGUUGAUGAAAAAUAAAUCUUUCUACAUUAAUAA